CAGGGCCCGAAGACGACGAACAUACGACCGAGAGCUCUCUGCCGAGACCAUUUCGACCGAGACGGUCGCGCGGCCGCAAGAGCGCCACGCAGCGAGCGUGCUAUGGACCAUCCGUCGUCUCGCUACAGCUUCGUUGCGGCCAUCGACGUCAUGUUUGCCAUCGUGGCGACGCACUGGCUCUGGUGCAUUCGACCGCUUCCAAAAACGUACCUCUCCGAGAUCAUCUUCCCAGUGCAGUUGUGUCUGCGCGCACUAGCUUCCCUGUGGCUCGCACUUGUGACGGUCAUCACGGCCUUGUACUCCAUUUCGUGGGGGUGGCCACCCGAGUUGCCAUCCGGCACGUUCCUGGCCGCAGACAGCCUGGCAUGGGGGAUGUCCACGGCACUCAUUUGGAUGGAGCACCGACGGAGCUUGCGAACGUCGCCGUACCUGCGCGCGUUUUGGAUUCUGCGGUGGUCGUUGCUGACAAAAUAUCUCUGGGGUGUCCUGACCAACGACGACCCAGCGGCUGUGGGGUGGACAUCGCCCAUGGUUUUGUUAUACGCGUGCUUGUUUGUGACCCACUCGAUCCUGGCGUCGGCGGGGGUGUGGCCCACGCGGCAACUCACCACGUCGUCGCCCGAAGUUCUCGCGAUGGCCCGCGCGCGCAUCAAGUCGUUCAACGGCAAGUCGUUUAUGAACCGACCGUUGCAUCCUUCCAGUUGGGUGGCGCACCGCGGUCAGGGUCCUGUCCCGGGGAGCUACGGUUCGUUCGGACAAAGCAGCACGGCACCACACGACGGCACUCCAUCCCCUCUGCCAGGCCUGGCACACACGCCCGUCGUCGUUCGCGUGCCAAAGGUCAAGAUUUGUAUUCCAAGCUGGACGCUCUCGCGGCGGUCGGAAAUCUCGUACGUGUCGUACAAGGUUCUCAUCUUGUCCGAGGGCGAAACGUGGAGCGUCCGGCGGCGGUACAGCGACUUUGCGCAUCUACGAAGCGAGGUACGUUGCCGCUGGGGCGGUGCUGGCGCGCGGGGUGCAUGCCGACGCUGUUUGCAAGAGAUGGCGUGUUGAAUGCACUUGUAGCUGCCACACUGGAUCCGGUCGGGCGCGGCAUUUCCUGACAAGUCGCUAUUCAAACGGUUCGACCCCAAGCGGAUCGAUACCCGUCGCGCGCAACUCGAAGCGUUUUUGAAUGUAAGCCCCACGUGGAUGCUUUUCACACCGAAUGAGACCGUCGUCCAUGCAGCAUGUCGUGGGCCAUCCAGACUUUGACGCGCAACGGAGCCUCGUCCUGUGCGAUUUUCUCGACUUGGUACAGUCGAAUCCGUCGCCCUCCCCACGCUGCUCUCCGACAAGAUUUUUUCACGGGUAUCUGGUAGGAGUACACUGCCGACCCCAACGACUUUGUCGUGUAAAUUGGUCGAGCUCGCAAGCGUCUCUUACGAAUAAAACGUCAAGAGGUUGAGUCGUCCGUCGCGUUGGCGGGGGUGCGUCUGUUGCUUCUGAUGUCCUCUUCUGCCGAGGUGCUUGGCCGGGUCACGUCAGCCAAGGUGGCGCCUUAGCAACAUGAUGAAGCUUCUAGUGUGUACCUUGAAGGUGUUAAGAGCAUACUUCGUGUAUUUAUUUGGUUUGGGUCAGGGUGGAGAGCGGGAUGGAUCGACGUCGGUGUGGUUGGUUGUUCACGCCAGCUUGACAACGGCCGACUUGGCUUGUUGCUGGAGGCGGCGAUGAUGGCUUCGAAUGAUCGGGACGAGGAGGCCCUCGAUGGCGACGCCGACGACGUAGAUGACAGCCGUAAUGAAGAAGCAAAACCGGUAGCCGUGGCGUUCGAUCAGAUAGCCCCCAACAACGGCGCUGCCAGAGUACGUAAACUGGGUGAGGCCUUCGAGGGAGUUCCAACGUCCACGCAAGUGCUGGGGCACGUAAUCCAUCAACAGCGACGUGCGCAACGGCUCCGAGCAUCGCAUAAAGCCGCUCCUAUGUCGCAAAAGCACAUGAGGUAUGGCCACCGACGAGUCGCCGCACCGUAGCAAAAACAGCCCGAUUUCGACCGGCAACGGCGUCACAAAUGCCAUCGCACCAAGACAUAGAGUGGCAAAAAUCCUCGUCGCCACGACGGUUUCGAUUGUUCCUGUGACCCUACGCAUCUCGUUAGACUCGCUCAAGCAGAAUGGCCUACGUGGACACACGCUGGGUGAAGUACGACAAGACUACGAUCAAGAGCGGCUGGACAAAGUACAAAAUGUUGACUUGCGACGGUGUGAGGCCGUAAUCGUGUUGAAAAAACACUGG